AUGGCGGCCAUCACCUAUGUCAUGGACCCCCCCGAGGGCCAGGUUCGAAGCUUGACCAACCUCCCCAGCAGCGCGGGCGAGGUUGUCCCCGCGGGCGUCGCCACAACCAUCAUCGCCCUCAUCGCUGUGUCGCUGCGCAUCUUUACCAGGAAGUUUGUCGUCAAGAACCUGUGCCUUACUGGUCUCGCCUUCUCCUUUGUGUUCCUGGGUGUCACCUUGACUCUCCUUAACCUCGGCGCUGGCAACCACCUCUGGGACAUCUCCAUGGCCGAGUAUAGCCCCAAGUUCUGGCUCACAACCCUCGGAAGCACCCUCGUUUACGGAUUCUGCAUUGCCCUGGCCAAGCUCUCGGUCCUGGCUUUCUACCUUCGCAUCUCCCCCGACAGAGUCAUCCGUAGGGCCGUCCACAUUCUUAUCUGCCUUGUCUGCAUCUACACCUUCUGCUUCAUCCUUCUCAACAUCUUCCGCUGCCGACCUAUAUCUGCCAACUGGGACCUCUCAGUCAAGGGUGACUGCAUCGACAAGGAGAUUCCCGUUCUCACUCUCGCUGUUGCCAACAUCCUCAUCGACAUCUGCGUUCUUUGUCUUCCUAUCCGCAUCGUCAUUCCUCUUCAGAUCCCCACGCCCCAAAAGGUUUCUCUCGCUCUUCUCUUUGCGACUGGUGGAUUUGUCUGCAUCGCUUCCAUCAAGCGAACCGUCGUCACCUACCCUCUUUUGCAUACUGUCGACUACACCUGGCACCUCCCCCAGCAACUCAUCUGGAGCUUCAUCGAGGUCAACGCCGGUCUCAUCUGCGCCUCUGUCCCAGCCCUCAAGCCCUUCUGCAUGCGCUACAUUCCCUUCCUCAUCCACUCCCGCCUCCGCUCCCAGGAAAAGUCUUCCAAGAACAGAUAUUCCCACAGCCAGGAGAAGCGCAAAAGCCGCCAUCCCUACAGCAACUCGUACGAGCUCCCCAGCCGCGAGGAGUUUGGAAACGGCAGCAACCCUAGCCAGGACGAGGAGGCGCGUCUCUGGACCAUGAUGGGAGAGAAGAACAACGCUCUCGAGUCUGUCGACACCAAGCAGGACUCGGACAGCAUGGAGACCUUGACUGAGCAACUGCCUGUGCAGCUGCCCGACCCUCCUGCCAAGCCUGAGCCUGCUCUAGUUGGCUUCACUACCAAGCGAAGCCAGAACGUUGGUGGCAUCCAAGUCACCAAGGAGACCGUCAUCACCUACGGUCCCUCAUAA